CGCGAGUUCCGGCCGGCGGCCGCUCCUAUUGGUUCAACAAAACGCGGCGCUUGAAUGAAGUGUUUGUAGAAUGGAGAUUCGGGCCUAGAGGCGGAUUCAACAGCAUUCAGUCCAAAUCCAAGAUGACCCACAUCCUGUACAUCACAAAUGCAGUUAUCUUAACAUCCACUUUGAUGUCUCACAAGAUCUUCAUCUUGAUGUUAAUUCAUGGCUGGGUUUGAUGCCCUGAUCAACGAGUGCCCCCUUCUGUUGCCUCAGAACAGACAAAAAACCGUGUUUGAUGGCUUUGUUAUGGUUAAGAACAAAGAAUUUCGUGUGAGGAUAUUGUUGCCUGAAGAGAGAAAUCUGAAACAGGGAAGGCUUCAGUGCAACUGGCAGUUAAACCAAAUCUUGCAUGGAUACCAACACAUUGUGAAACAGAGACUGCAACAAUCCACUGAUCUGGUUAGCUUUAUGCUGGAGUUUAAAACUGUUCUGGAAAUUGCAUUAAGAAACAAACAUGACCUGCAAAGUCCUCCACCUCCACAGUAUUAUGAACAGCUUAUAAAAGAGAUUGAAAAUUUAGGUUGGGAUAAGCUUGCUUAUAUGGAUACAGAGUUCAGGACCAUUAAGCUGAAGGCUGAGGAUUCUGCAGGUCGAGAGCAUAUGAUCACAAUUAAAUUAAAAUCAAAGUAUCCAGCAGACCCACCUGAUUGUGCCACAGAUUUUCCUGUUCCCUUUGUGCUUUCUUGGACACAUCAGAGCUCGUUAAAAAAUCUUCACAGUCAGUUUCUCGCAGCACUGGAUUCAUUACAAGAGUUCUGGGAUGUUAUGGAUGAAAUAGAUGAGAAAACCUGGGUACUUGAACCUGAAAAUCCAACACGCAGAGCCACAACAAGGAGAAUCGCCAUAAGAAACAAUGCUUCAAUAAAUGUAGAAGUGGACCCUAGACACCCUAAAAUGUUGCCAGAAUGCUGUUUCCUUGGUGCUGACCAUGUGGUAACUCCGCUGAAGAAAAAGUUGAAUACUAACAUGCAUCUGUGGUCUCCAGAGUCCACAGUGUUGCAAAAUCUCAAAGAUAUAUUAGAGAUUGAUUUUCCAUCGCCUACCACCCAAGAGAAGUUUAGCUUAGGCAUGGAGUGUGGGAUUUGUUACGCCUACCGCCUUGCCUCAUCCAUACCAGAUCAAGUAUGUGAUGAUCCGCGGUGUGGGCAGCCGUUCCAUCAGGAGUGCCUUUAUGAGUGGUUAAGAGGUCUACCUUCUUCAAGACAAAGUUUUAACAUAAUCUUCGGAGAAUGCCCGUACUGUGGUAAGCCAAUCACAGCGAAGAUGAUCAUCAAAAGGUGCUCUACCUGAACAAACCCCCAGCAUUCAAGGAUUCUCUCAUUUUUGCAAUAUUAAUAGUUCGUGACAACUGAAUUAAAGACGUUUCUAUCACCCAAACAUUUUCAUGUGUUUUCAUUCCUCAAAAAUUCACAUCCUUUCAAAAGAGAUCCCUUGCACUCAAAA